AUGACAGCUGGCUCUGUCUCAGUUCCUCAGGUCAUACCACUUCGAAUUCCUCUUCCAGGGAAGGCUAAACAUGAAAUCGACACAAAUACUCUCAUAGAAAUAAAAUCAGAUGGAAGUAAACCAGAACUGAUUAGGAAACCAGGCUAUGGAGAGCAUAACACUUUUAAGUAUAAGGGUCCUAUCGUAUUACCAGUUGGGAAAAUAAUGGUCAAGGCACUGGCAGUUACAAAGGACUCCAGGGAGAGUACAGUUGUAACAAAGGUAUUUCUGGUAGAGUACAAGCAACCAAACAUCCUCUUCUCUGUUGAAGACAAUGACAAGAAUUUCCUAAAAAACAUCGCCACACAGGAGAGGGAAGGUGGGAUGUUUACUACAAAACUAAAGAAGAAUGCAGUGAAUGUGGAAAUCAAGCCUGCCUGGAGUGAAGCACCCCAAGAUUUUCAAGACUUGGAAACAGAAAGGAAGACUGCUCACAGGUCCCUGCAAGGACCACAGCUCCUUGCCAGUCAUUUGGAAACAACAGAGUACAGGGAGGGAACCAUCUCAGCACCACCAAUAGAGUCGUUACAGUUUGCUAGUUCUUCUGUGGUGACUAGCCGGAAAAGCUUAGCAAGCACACAGGUGGCAAGGAUCCAGAGGGAAACAGAUUUCCUCAAAUGUGCACGCUGUUCUGCACCUCGCCUGUCUGACCCCUUGGCUCACUUCUGUCAGGAAUGUGGAUCUCCUAUUCCACCUGUGCCAGUACGUCGCUUCCCACCCCCUGAAGGAGCGCAGAUGGCACCAUGUCUUGAAUGCGGACAUCUUGUGCCAAUGAAUACACCCACUUGCAUUGUAUGUGAGUCGCCAAUAGCUCCACAGCUGCAGCCCCAAACCAAGAACUGCGUAAAGGGUAAAGUAAUUUGUCAGGCGUGUGGCACAGGAAAUCCUCUUCACCAUAAACACUGUGUGACUUGUGAAAGCAAACUGCCUGAAAUAGAGAUGCCCAUGUUUGGAGGAGACACCCCCCUGCUUUAUCCCAGCCAGCAAAGGAAAACAGUUUCUUGCUCAAAAUGCAAUCGUGUUAACCAAUGUGACGCCCGUUUCUGCGACUGGUGUGGAGCCAAGCCUGGACCUCCUCUAUCCUACUUUACUUGUGUCAAGUGUGGUACAAGCAACCGUCCAUACGCUCGCUUCUGUGGGUCCUGUGGUGUUUACAUAGAGCCCCCAUCAAGGAUGGCUUCUCAGAACGGCAGUCUCACGGAUGCUGGGGACUCACUGGGGUUUUCUGAGGCUAAACGAUUUCAAGCUCAAGCUGCCUGGCAGCCUCUUCCUAUUUCCUUGCCCAAAUCAAGGGCAGAACUAAAAGAAAGAGAAGAUAAAGGAACCCAAACUAUUGGACUUUUCUACCCAUCUAGCAAACUGUUGGAAAAGAAGGAGCUUGAGCUGAUUUCACAAAAAGAAAAGCUGGAAAGGAUGAGUGAUCAUAAGCCUCUCCUGACAGCCAUUAGUCCUGGAAAAGGUUACUGGAGGAAACAGCUGGAUCAUGUCUGCGCUCACCUUAGAAGCUAUGCUCAGAACAACGUUGAAUUCAGAACACUUAUUGGAGAACCUCGAAUGGGAAAGAUUAAUUCUGCUACCAUCCAUGAGGAUGACUAUGAAGUCACUAUUACGUUGAAUUACGCCCUUGCUAUUAACAAGGAUGGCAGCCAGACUAGUUUUGGCAAAGAAGAUCAUAAUCUUUUCUAUUCGAGAGGCAAAAUAAAAAGAACAAAGUCAAGAACACUUACAGAAAAAGAAGACAAGCUCCCCCCAGAGUCCAGACAACUACUGGAUGAACUGGGUCCAAAUGGGAAAGGAAGAAUCACCUUGGUAGAACAAUUGCUCUGUGAAGGAGCUGACCCAAACUGCAUCAGCAACGAGGACCGUCCUGCUCUCACGGUUGCUGUCCUUAACAAGCACGCCGAAGUGAUCUCCCUUCUUGUGCAGAAAGGUGCUGACGUUGACCAGCAGUCAGGGCCGCACAACAACACUGCUCUCCAUGAGGCAGUUCUGCUCGGAUCAGAGGGAGAGGAGUGCAUCCGAGCCCUGUUAGGCUGCGAUGCAAGCAUAAAGAAGAAGAAUGCAGAAGCACUAUCAGCAUAUGAUUUGGCUGUUACAGCUGGAAAUAAUGAAGUUAUUUCAUUGUUCACAAGUAAGCUUGGACAGGGAACACUGGACAAACUUACAAAACCCAGGAACGCUGGGCUCAUCAGUGUGUGA